UGAGGCUUUCCUUCAGAGACCUGACGCAGUGUCCACCACAGCUCCACUCUGGACUCCUCGGGAUUACUUGAAAAUGUUUACUGGUCUUGCCACGCAAAAAAACUGAGUGAACUAAGUUAACUAAUCAUGAGAAAACAUCUAAUUGAUCCACAGGACUGAAGACAACAACUCACUAACUAUUUAAAACGGUUUAUUAGAGUAUAUGCUGUAAAAUAACGUGGAAUUACACAAGUGUGUUGUCUUGUGGGACGUUUAUUUUUUUUAUUAUUAUUUUUUUUUAAGAAAACCUAAAAAAAAAAGUCAAGACUAUUUUAAUGUACGUUUAGUCUGCUGUCACUAUCGCGCUUUUCACGAGUUAUAACUUUAUUCGGGGAUGUUGAGCUCCGUGAAGAUGGAAUCUCAUGAAAUUCCGGAAUGGAAUGCGUUCUACAGCGAGGCAAGUGAGAUGUAUUCCUCUCCGAGCGCCAUGAACUCAGUGAGCAGCUUGAACAGCUACAUAAAUCUGAACUCGGCCUGUUCCACAUCCAGCAUGAACAUGGGGUAUCCCAGCGCAGGUCUCAACAGCAGCCCAUUGAGCAGCAUGGGUGGAGGUCCCAACCACAUGAGCCUGUCCCCUGUCGGCUCCUCUCUGAACCACAGUUCUCUGACUCAGCUAGGUUCUUCUGCCUCCUCCCUGGGUCCCCUCUCGCAUUACCAAAGCAUGGGUCAACCAAUGUCCCAGAUCAGCUACCCCUCUCCUACCUCUCUCAACCGGACUAAGGAGAUGUCCAAGCCAUACCGGCGCUCACUGACCCAUGCCAAGCCACCGUACUCCUACAUAUCCCUCAUCACGAUGGCCAUCCAGCAGUCCAACAGCAAGAUGCUGACACUCAACGAAAUCUACCAGUGGAUCAUGGAUCUGUUCCCGUACUACCGUGAGAACCAGCAGCGCUGGCAGAACUCCAUCCGCCACUCUCUGUCCUUCAACGACUGCUUCGUCAAAGUGGCGCGUUCCCCCGACAAGCCCGGCAAGGGCUCCUACUGGGCGCUCCAUCCCAAUUCCGGGAACAUGUUUGAGAACGGCUGCUAUCUGCGUCGGCAGAAGCGCUUCAAGCUUGAAGAGAGAUCUGGCAAAAAGAGCUCGGCGAAGUCUCAGGAGGGCGGCAGCAGCUCCAAGGGUGGCCACAGCGGUGAGGGGAUUCAAGAGGAGCACAGUCCCGCAACCGGCUCCGAAGGUGCCGAUUCGGCCCAUUCCGACAGCUCCCAUGCCUCGGAGGAGCAGCAGAGGAGCCUGGUGCAGCUGGAUUGCACGUCUCAAGCCCCCAAUCUUUCGCACAGCUCGCCAGUGCCAAUCCCAUCUUCGGUGUCCUCCUCCAUGCCCCCGUCCGGCUCGCACCUGCACUCUCAGGGAAUGGGAGGCAGCCCUCACCUGCUGGCCAGCCCCAUGCAGCACCUGGAUCUACAGAACGACCCUCUGAAGUCCAUGGACCCCCACUACAACUUCAACCAUCCGUUCUCCAUCACCAACCUCAUGUCCAACGAGCAGAAGAUGGACCUCAAGUCGUACCAAGACCAGGUGAUGGCUUACAACAGCUACACCACAGCUUCUCCAGUGGCCACCAAACAGAUCUAUGACAGCGCAGGUCCGUCCGCUAUUGACACUGGUGCCUACUACCAGACCCUCUACAGCAGGUCUGUCCUCAACGCCUCCUAAUGUGUUUACCAGCCAUGUGAAAUCUACAGACUCUUAAUGGCAGGAUCUUACAUCUUCAACACAGAGCUUGCUUUGCCAUUGAUAACUAAGCUUGGGUUCCUGAACUCUUAAAAAUAAAGGGGGUUUUCACAGUGAUGCCACAGAAGGACCAUUUCUGCUUCCUCAAAGAACCUUUCAGUGAACAGUUCUUAGAAGAACCAUUUGAACCAUUGGAGAGUAAGAAAGUUUCCACGGAUGAUUGGUUGACUGCAGCCUCAAGGUUCUUCUUGGAUCCAUGCCAAUAAAUAACCUUUAUUUUUAAGAGUGCGCUGAGAAAAAAGCUUUUACCAGAACCAAAGAUUGAGUACCAAUGCUUUUUUUUGUGCUUUUUUUCAGAAACUAAUUUAAUUCACAUAUAUUCAGGAACUAAAGGUUUUGGUUUCGGAUGUAACACAGAAGAUGUAUACAAAUGAUGCCACGUGUAUAUACUGUUUUGGGGAAGUAGGAGUCAGGCAUUUAUUUAUGAAGGGAAGAAUUUAAUAUAUCAUGUAUGAUUUUGUGUUGUGAAGUUACGUUAACAAUGUGAUAAUAAGAGGACGUUAGCGUGAUUGCGGAAGCGUUUGAGUUCAGGUUACUGCUGUGAGCAGGUGUUACUGUGUUACAGGGAAACUCUCCUGUUUUUGUGUUACAGCAUAACGCGUGUUCAGUCGAAGUGUACUAACAUACAGUGUACGUGUACGGAGAGUGUGUAUCAUUAUGCUUGUCCCUUACACGAGCUGAAGAAAUUACUUUUUACUCUUGGCCAUCAAGUCAUUUUGUACAUUCUGAAGAUUUUUUUUAAGUAUAUAUAUAUAGAGAUAAAAGUUUGACAAAGAUGGAUAAAACUGUGGUACAUCCAACAAUUUGUUUUACAGACUUCCCUUUCUAGAAAAACUGGCAAUGGCGUUCAUGAAAAAGAGGUUGAGGAUGUUUCUCUGUUAUUGCAGUGUCUCAGCUGAAGCUGUUAGUAAGAGCAAGAGAGAAUGCACUGUAAGGGCCAUUUCCAUACAAUACUUGCACUAGUGACCUCUCUGUUCUUCACUGCUGGGGGUGGGGGUGGGGUGGGGGGUGAGAUCGUUUUGUUACAGCAAUGCUUUGUAACCACCUUUUUAUCAGAAAAUCCUACAGACCCUAUUGAAUUUGCCAUGAUGUAUUUUUGAAAGAUCUCGUCAUUUAAAAAUCUCCCUCUGAGAUUUCAAAGCAGUUUUAAUAAUAAAAACUGUCUCAAGCCAUCAUGUCAUAAAUACAUUUCUUGCAAGUCUUUUUGUAAUUUGUAAGAAAGCAGGUCAGAAUUGAUGUUCUUGUACUGUUUUGUUUAUUUAAAUCCAGCUUUUUUGGCCUUUGGGCUUAGAAGAGAAGUGUCUUAAUAUAUAUAUAUAUUGCUUUAUUUGGUUAAUUGUUUCAUGGUAUGUUCUUUUCUUAUUAAAAAAACUCACAUAUC